AUGACUAGUUUCUUGGAUGAAAAGUAUGACUUUUCAAAAUAUGCUGAACAUCGUCCUUCACACCCCACAGCUGUGUUUGACACAAUUUUGGCUUAUCACCAAGCCACGUACGAAUUAUGCGUUGACCUGGGCUCCGGCCACGGAGCUGCAGCUCGAGCGCUAGCCAGGCAUUUCAGCUUAGUUUUAGGAGUUGAUCCCUCUGACGGCAUGUUAAAGGAAGCCAGGGCACGGACAGACUUCGAUAAUAUCCAAUAUUGUCAAUCCAAAGCAGAGGAUCUCUCCCUAAUCACGCCGCGCACAGUUGACUUGGUCAUAUCCUGUCAGGCAGCACAUUGGUUUGAUCCUGAUCAGCUGUGGAAGGAGAUGGUACGAAUAGUUCGGCCUGGGGGCACUGUUGCUUUUUGGAACUGGGGACAAUAUGUUUUGGUUGGACAUCCUCACGCUGAUCAGGCGCUGAGACGGUUCUCUGCUCAGUGUCUGACGUCGUACUGGCCUCAGCCAGGAAAGGCGGUUUGGGACGACUGGAUGCGACCAAUAGAAUGCCGGGAUCUCUCUAAUUGGGAAGAUAUAAGGAGGUUAGAGUACGAGCCUACUGUUGAAGCUCCUGCAUCAGGGACGGGAGGAGGAAUACGCAUGCAUAUACCACAAACCCUUAACAGACUGGAGGGAUUGCUGCGGACGUGGAGUGCUGUCCAUGAAUGGCGCAGGGCACACCCUCAGGCUCUACCAGUGAAUAAGGGCGGUAACGGAGAUAUUGUUGAUACCCUGAUGCAAGAGAUGGUUGAGGUUGAAGAAGAGUGGCGUGAGUAUACCGCGUCCGGGGGUAAUUGGCGGGAUAUUAAGCUAGACAUAGAAACGCGAAGCAUUCUCCUAAUGGCUAGAAGGAAAUAA